AGCAAUAAUAAACAAAAGGAAAUAUUUAAUCACGCGUCUUAUGCGCAUUCUCUGCUCACGAUUCUAUUUCUUGGCUCAAUCGAAAUAAUCUUAAUUAACAAACUAAUUUUGCCAGUUUAUUUUGUCAAACCACUUAUAACGCCUUACUAACAGCAGCCGUCAUGAGUUGACAGUAGACAUUCCGCGGAGCACUUGAAGGCAGCACCAACAGCAGCUAGCAACAGUGUUGUUCACAGGAAAGCGAAGAUGGACGAGUAUCCCUCCAAGCAGGUGCCCGAAAAUCUCGACGACCCUCCCAACAGCCGGCUUUUCGUGGUCACGAGUCGGUGCAUCACUGAAGAUGAGCUGCGCGACAGCUUCUCCGUGUUUGGGGACAUUCAGGGAGUCUGGGUUGUCAAAGACAAGCAGACAAAAGAGUCCAAAGGCAUCGCCUACAUAAAGUUUGCUAAGUCCUCUCAGGCCUGCUUGGCCAUGGAGGACAUGCACGGCAAAGUGCUGGUGGAAGGGACCAAACCUAUUAAGGUGUUUAUAGCCCAGUCACGGUCGUCAACGAGACACAGAGAUGUUGAGGAUGAGGAGUUGACCAGGAUCUUUGUCAUGAUCCCCAAAACGUUCUCAGAAGAGGACCUGAAAGAAACAUUCAAAGAGUAUGGGGAUAUUGAGUAUUGUGUGAUCAUCAAAAAUAAGUUCACAGGAGAAAGUAAAGGCCUCGGCUACGUGAGAUACUACAAACCCUCCCAAGCUGCCCUCGCCAUAGAGAUCUGUGACAAAGCCUACAGGGCCAUCCUGGCUGAACCUCGAAGCAAAUCAGCAUCAACAGAAGAUUACAGCUCCGGGGGCGCAGCCAGAAGCGAUUAUGCUAGCGGCCCCGAAUCCAUGAACCAGUACGCGUUCCCAGCGGCUGACCCUGGGAACUACACAGUCAUAGAUUACCGUAGCGGUGAAUUCACGCGCAGUCUCAUGAUGUCCACACGGGCUGCACUCACUCAGGAGCAGAUCUUUGCUCUGUUUGACAUUAUUCCCGGCAUGGAGUACUGUGAGCUGCAGAGGGAUUCCUACGGAAUGAGCAAAGGUCAUGCUUUGAUUCGCUACAGCAAUCUUGGGUCAGCACUUUACGCCAGGGAGAAGCUAAAUGGCUUUGAAUAUCCACCUGGCAACAGACUGGCUGUAAAUUUUGUUGACGACGGCGAGGACCGCAGCAGUCCCGUAGGUCGGAUGGCCAUGCAGUUUGUUGCGGCUCAGAUGAUGUCGGCGGUCUGGAAUGGACCGUCCACCAGCCAAAUGAUGAAACCUGGCUUUUCCGUUGUCUCGUCAAUUUCCCGAAUUCAGACCGCCGCGAGCCUGCCGCCGCCGAAGAAGCUGGCUCCGCCUGACAGUAAAACCAAAGAGCGGCUGUUUGUUGUGUUCAGCCCCUCCCCGCUGCCCCCCGAUGUGUUGGAGGAUGUUUUCUGUCGUUUCGGUUCCCUUAUCGAAGUCCAUUUGGUUCCAGGGAGGAAAGUCGGAUACAUGAAGUAUGCAGAUAAACAGUGUGCGGACGAGGCCAUGGCAGUGCUGCACGGUCGCGUCGUUAAUGGAGUAAAGAUGAAGGUGAUGCUGGCUGAUCCUCCCAGAGAGGAAUCUCACAAACGGCCUCGUACCUACUGAGGCCAGAAACCAGCGAAAAUAACAGAGACCCUGCCGACGAGAAGCAGUAGGAAGUGUUGUCUUUAACGCAACGGCAGUGAAUGUAUGUUCCAGUGGCAGAUGCUUCAGGGAGACCACAGGGAGACCACGGAGUUUUAUUGACAAACAUCAAUAAAAGAGCAAGAAUAAAGCAUAUAAACAAAAUAGAUAAGAUAUAAACAAAAUAAAUUAACUGUAAGGUCA